ACUAUGAAGUACUCAGCUUAGUAGGCUGAGCAUUGCUGAGAAGGAGUGCCACAAAAUGGCACUGGGGGCCAAGUGAGGCCUGUUUACAUGGCCUUCAUGAGGUCUCUUGGAAGCCACGUACAGGAAAAAUUCUUAGGAAAGCUGCUCCUGGGCUCCUGGAUGCAGCAGUUUCUCAAUAGUCGCAGCUAAAGCAAGAGGACAUCUUUACCCUUGAUUCUGUACCGGAAAGAGGAGUUAACUCGUCAUGUCAAAGGAUAUGAGUUGCUACUUAGAAUCCCCUCCUGGUUGUGAUAGUACAGGGUCUGGUGAGCAUCUUUUGCCUGCUCUAGGCACCUCUGGGGCUACGUCAGGACAGGAUGAAGAUGAAUUAGAUGACUCCUUACUGGAACUCUCAGAUGGAGAAGAGGAUGACAGUCCCUUCAGCUACACUGAAGAAGAGAUUCAGGAGCUUUUGAAGGAUGAUGAUUCCCUGAACAAUCAGUCUUCCCUGGGUGGAGGGCUAAAAAAUACAGGUGGUCAAAUGGAGAAACUGGGGAGAGAUGGUUGUGUGUUGCUUGACUCUCCCCUAGACAUCAAUUCACCUUGUAGCUUAGAGCUUGGAGCUGGGCCAGCCAGCAUCCUCCAGCUACCACAGACAGGUAGCCCCUCUGCUGGGAAAUCAUCUUUGGGGAGCAGGAGACAUAAAAUCGGUGGUGCAAAUCAGUCCCCAGCUGCUUCUUCCUCAUCAAGCAAACACAUCAUCCUAGACAAGAAUUCUGGGAAGAUGGUGGCGCAUGACACCAGAAGAGUAAGCAAAAUCACCCCACUCCUACCAACCAGAACAAGGAGUAAGUAUCUGAGAUUUUCACAAGCGGAACUAGAACCGAAGAUGCAGAUUGCACUCAAGAAUGGGCUCACUCAUAUCCCAAAACCUAGGGCUCUGCACCACGGGUCCCUGGGUGAGUUGUAUGCCUUGAUGGACCAAGUCGGUAGUGUGGAAUAUCAAAUCCGGAAUCGCAGGUGGCAGCACCUUUCAGCCCUCACCAUGUUCCAACAGAAGCCUCUACACAGGUACAGCCUGACCUAGCAGGUGGACAGGCCUCACAGAGCCAUUGUGGGUCUCAGGGCCUCGGAUCAGUUCUAGUCAUCUCACCCCCUCGGCUAUGAGGGGACUGCCCCUCUCCCCUUCAGUGCUCACAGGAGUUUUUGUUCCUUCCUUUCUGUCUCUGGUGCUUUAUAGAUUUUGAAU